UGCGCACUUAGGACUCUCUCCUCUAGUGUAGAUUUUCUCCAAUUAAUCUAUUCUUCCAAUUGAAUCUAUUUAUAAAAAAGUCACAGCCUUAUUUAUCUAGCGUUGAGAAAUCUAAUAGACUUACCGAGGGAGAUAAUGGUGGUAGCGAUGGUGGAUAACAGGGCGGUGAAGAGGGCGAAGAGGAGCAGCAGGAUCACCGCCGAUCUUUACGAUCUUCUAACCUUCCCCGGCGACGCCGCCGGAGAGGGAGCCGCAAAACCCUUCCGAGAUGAGGUGCGGAACUUUCUCUCCAGUCACGCGCGCGUCACGUUCCCUUCAUCCUCUCUCUUCUCCUCUCUCGUAUCCUGGCAGAUCCUCUUCCGGGUCGGCGAUCUCACUGAUGGUCCCGAUUUUUCUUCCCGUGUCGUCGCGCUUGAUGUCCUCGAGGAGGAUGUAACCAGAUCUGCCAGAUCCGUCUAUUGCGAUCAAUGCCAAGUCGUUGGGUGGAGCGGGCAUCCAGUGUGCAGAAAGCGGUACCAUUUUAUUAUAAGGUCAGACAGCGGUGAGGGCGUAGAUAGGCUGCGGAAAUCUUGUUCACAAUGUGGAAGCAUUCUUCUUUUAUCCGACCUUAGUUGCACCUUGUGCAACUCUGAGAUUGGUGCUGAUGUGUUGGAGGACUGGGUGUAUUCGCAAUUUGAAGACAAUACUCAUCUCCUGCAUGCUGUUGUUCACUCCAAUGGCUUCGGCCAUCUUUUGACCGUCAAUGGCAGAGAAGGUGGUUCCAACUUGCUCUCUGGACGCCACAUUAUGGACUUCUGGGAUAGGCUCUGUAAAAGACUAGCCGUCAGAAAGGUAACCGUGAUGGAUGUGUCGAGGAAAUAUGGAGUGGAGUACAGGUUACUUCAUGCAGUCACGAAAGGCCAUUCCUGGUACGGCGAGUGGGGCUAUGAGUUUAAAUCAGGUAGCUAUGCCCUCACUCAUGAUGCUUACCAGGAUGCAGUAAAUACCCUAUCAAGCAUGCCGAUUUCACCUUUGCUGUUCCAUGGAAGACAGCCUCGAACUAGGCUUCAGAACAUUAUAUCAUUUUACCAAUCAUUAUCCAGUUCAGAGCUUCUGACAGUGAAGGAUUUGUUCUCAUUUUUAUUAGAGCUUAUCCAUGAAACCAACAAAUGUUCUUUGUCUAAAACAAUUAAGAAGCUUCCAUCUACUUCAAAUGUACUAUGCAUGUGGACAAGGGAUGAUGUUGAGCAUGUUCAACAAGCAAUUAUCAAGAUAUUAGCAGCAACAGUUGAUGAGGCUAGAUGGAUAACUCGACGUUCUUUAAAGGGCGUCAUGUGUAAGACAGCCUCUUCAGAGCUCAUUGAUUACUGCCUCAAACAUCUACAAGGAAUUGUAGUCAAUGGGAUGGUGGUACAAGCUCAAUAUAAUCCAAAGUCUAGUGAUUUUGAGUUCAGGCUACAGACUUUUGUGAAUUGUGGAUCUGGCAUGGGCUCAAGCUAUCCAUCGCAAGAGCAAAUCAAACAUGACCUAAAAUAUUUAUUUGACUCCUUGCUCCAUCCUGAAAGCAAGUUGAAUCAUCAACCUCAAGCAACAAGGGAAACAAUGAUUGACUCGGCUACUAGACUACUUGAUUGCAAACAAUUUGUGAAGGAUUACAAUUCAAUCAAAGACAAUCCCUUCGCCAUCCACAUCUGGUGUAAGCUGGAGCUUUCUGAUCAACCAAAAGAGGACCCAGCCCCACCAGCAGAGCUAAUAGUCCUCCCUCUGAAUGCAACUGUGGCUGACCUCAAAACUGAAGUUACUAAAGCUUUUCAGGAAGUAUAUGCUAUGUUCAAGAGGCUUGAAGUUGAGGGACUACCAGAAUAUGGAUGCUUGGAUGAUUCCUUUACUCUGAAAUUUCUGUUUGGUUUAAGUGGGUCAAUCCAAAUUAAAGGUAGAUGUUCAUCAAAACAUGGGCUUCUUCGUUAGAUGGAGAGAGGAACAGAGAACUGGACAGUUGAUUGCAUGUGUGGGGCUAAAGAUGAUGAUGGUGAGAGAAUGUUGGCAUGUGAUACAUGUGGUGUUUGGCAGCACACCCGAUGUGCCGGGAUUGAGAAGUAUGAUGGCCUUCUGAAAUUUGUUUGCAGUAGAUGCAUGAACACAUAUUGCAAGGAAAACAUAAUAUACCGCAAGGUAAACAGAUACCGCAAGAAAUCUAAAGCUAUUGAUUUUGGGAAUGGAGUUGACAGGGCUACUCUAACUGGCAUUACUUGCAGAGAUCAAACAGUGGCUACUGGUAGAGUGGGAUCAGGAAUUAGUUUGUCUGUAACAUUUGAUGUUAGCUGAUUGUAUAUUUCCUAGCAAAAUGUACAUGCUUUUAAUCAAGGUGCAGGAGAGGUAUACCUUCCCCCUGCCUUUUUUGGGAGUAAAUCCUUAUUCCUCCAACAGUUAUGGUCUGUAUAUAAAAUUCAAGUAAUUAAAUGAAAAA